AUGUCAUUUAUUAAGGCUGAACCUUGUCAUAUUCUUCUUAUUUCAUUAAACAGCAGUCAAGAAAAUAUGGACAAUACUCAGCAAAGAUUACAAAAAGUUUGUACAAAAAUCGGCUAUACUUCAGUAGUCAUUCGUCAACUCAACGACUAUAUCCCAAGUAGUGACAGACACUCAUCACUUUUACCAUAUGCUGAACUACUUUUCAAGAACGAAGAUCCACAUUACAUUUGUCGAUUCAUUAAGAAACUGUCACCAAUUCGACUCUAUGUAUAUGGUAAUAUGUUGCGCAUUCAUAGUGAAUGGAGCAAAUUGAUGAUUGCAACUGAAAUUGACAUCAUGGAUGAUGAAGAUGAUUGGUGUGCAUUCCUCGAGAACGAGUAUGUUGAAGAUGAAGUAAAAUGGAAUUUUGGCUUUAUCUUUGGUCGAGAAUGGAAAGUGUCACGCGUAUCACCACUCAACUUUACUCAUUUGGACGAAAAUCUUCGAUUUCACUCAGCACUUCGUCGAGCUCAUGCUACGUUUGCUCCACGACAAGUUGAAGUUACAGCAAAGAUAUUUGACUGGCAUGCAAAUUGUAUCAAACAAGGAUAUCUUCAAGAAGAACAUAUUAUUGAACCAUUUCAAUGGCAAUUUUUCAACAAUGUAUCAUCAUGUGUAUCAUUCAUUGAAACGCAGUUACGCGAACGACGAUACAUAUUUUUGAUUACCUCAGGAUCACUUGGCCAUGAGUUAUUUCAUUCAGGGUUAUGUUUGACAGAUCAAAUUUUUGCUUCAUAUAUUUAUUGUGCUCAACUUGACCCAAAUUUGGAUUGGAGUCGUGAUUAUGCGCAAAUUCGAGGAAUUUAUAAUGAUUCUACAAAGCUCGCUAAUAAAAUCAAACAAGAUUAUAAAGAGCUUCAAAAUUCGUUGAACAUUUGUGAAACAGAAUGGCACACUGCAUCGAACACUACUAAUGAAAAUGAAAUUUUACAGAAUGUCGAGGAUGUGAGUUCGCUAUUGCCAUUGCCAAUAACUGUUUAUAAUCCAGAACAACCUCAUUUGUUCAUGGCUCAUCAGCGAACAAUUGAUAGUCUUCUUUGUAUGCCGCAUACAUCGGAAUCAAAAGCAGAAAUGCUUACUGAAUUUCGACGUAUAUUCGAUGAUAAUCAAGAGAUUCUUGCUGAGAUUGAUGAAUUCGAAGAUACUUACCAUUCGCAUGCAGCUGUUCAAUGGUACACACGUGAUUCUUUUGUUUGUCGAACAAUUAACCAAGCACUUCGAUCAAGUAACGUCGAAGCGAUGUUUAAACUACGGUACAUUCUCACUGAUUUAUAUGCUCACUUGAAGGAAUCCUAUCGACAAAUGCAUUGGUAUUUACAAACAUCAAGACCGGAAAUAUUUUAUCGUGGUCAAGGGAUGUCACGGGAAGAAUUCGAUUCUUUCCAAGAACUUCGAGGUAGUAUCAUAUCGAUAAAUACAUUCUUAUCGACGACAGCUUCGAUGCAAAUCGCUCUGUUGUAUGCGGGCAAAUAUCAUGAAAAUUCGAAUCUGAUAUCAGUCGUAUUUAGCAUUGAAACAAAUCCAAAGGCACUUAUACGUCCAUAUGCUAAUAUUUCUCCUUUAUCAAUGUUUCAAGAUGAAGAAGAAACUUUGUUUGCUAUGGGUAGCGUCUAUCGCAUAGGCAAUAUUCGUCCACUGCCAGAUGCAGACAACGUUUGGGUUAUAUAUUUACAAACAAUUCAUCAAGACGAUGAUCGAUUCUAUAGGAUUUCUUCAGCGACUUCUUAG